UUUGCAGUCAAACCGCAGCCAGCGCUGCUGCUGCCAGACGAUAGCCGGCUAUACUCUCAUCUGGCACACACACACACACACACAUACACAUGCACACCGCAGCGGCGGCGCUUUGCGUCAUGCAGGGGGGCUCAUGAUAAGAAACCUGUUACACACCGCACAUGAGAUGGCAGGCAGCCGCGCCGAGUCCUCCUCCGCAGACUAAUUAGCGGCCUACUCUCGGAUCGGGUGUCUUAAUGAGGAUAUUGCGGCAAUGGUGAAGGACAAGGCCGAAAACCGGACGCUUCAGUACCAGCAAACUUUGAUGUAUGGGCGGUACACCCAGGAGCUGGGUGUGUAUGCCAAGGAGGAGGCGGCCCGCCUACGGGAUGGGGGGGUGCGGGAUGGCGGAGGACUGCGGAGGAACACCAGUGUUCGUAGCCGUGCUGCGGAUCUGCUGGAGUAUGAGAAAGACCCCUGUGCAAAGUGCCAACUGUGCGCGUCCCGCUGCCAAAAGUUCCUGAUCUCACGGGUGGGGGAGGACUGGAUCUUCCUCAUUCUGCUGGGGCUGCUCAUGGCUCUGGUCAGCUGGGUCAUGGACUACGCCAUCGCCUUCUGCCAAGAAGCACAGAAGUGGAUGUAUGGUGGACUGGACAGUAACAUGCUUCUACAGUACAUCGCCUGGGUCACCUACCCCGUAGUGCUCAUCACAUUCUCAGCAGGAUUCACACAGAUACUGGCUCCUCAGGCUGUGGGUUCAGGUAUUCCUGAGAUGAAGACCAUUCUGAGGGGGGUCGUCCUGAAGGAGUAUCUAACUUUUAAAACGUUUGUGGCCAAAGUCAUCGGCUUGACCUGUGCUCUGGGCAGCGGGAUGCCUCUGGGAAAGGAGGGACCCUUCGUUCACGUCGCCAGCCUGUGCGCCGCUCUCCUGAGCAAAUUCAUGGCCGCUGUUUUUGGUGGGAUUUACAUGGAAGAGGCCUUUGAGGGGAGCAAGAACGAGUUGAGGAACACAGAGAUGCUGUCAGCUGCCUGUGCGGUGGGUGUGGGCUGCUGCUUCGCUGCGCCUAUUGGAGGGGUGCUGUUCAGUAUUGAGGUCACUUCAACGUUUUUUGCCGUGAGGAACUACUGGAGGGGCUUCUUUGCUGCCACCUUCAGUGCUUUCAUAUUCAGAGUGUUGGCAGUGUGGAACCAGGAGGAAGAGACCAUCACUGCUCUCUUUAAGACCCGCUUCCGCCUGGACUUCCCAUUCGACCUUCAGGAGCUGCCAGCAUUCGCCAUCCUCGGGAUUGCCUGUGGUUUUGGUGGUGCUCUCUUUGUCUACCUGAACCGGCUGAUUGUAGAGUGCAUGAGGAAGCAGAAGACGAUUAACAAGUUCUUGCUGAGGAAGCGUCUGGUGUAUCCGGCACUCGUCACCCUGCUGGUCUCCACCCUCACAUUCCCUCCGGGCUUCGGGCAGUUCAUGGCUGGACAGCUGACACAGCACGAGUCUCUGGUCGCGCUGUUUGACAACCGUACGUGGUGCCGUCAGGGCGUGGCCGAGGAGUUCGACUACAUCAGCCACCAUCACGCCUGGAAACACCCCCAGGUCAACGUCUUCAUCACGCUCAUCCUCUUCAUCAUCAUGAAGUUCUGGAUGUCCGCUGUGGCCACCACCAUGCCUGUUCCAUGCGGGGCCUUCAUGCCAGUUUUCCUUAUUGGUGCAGCAUUUGGCAGACUGGUCGGCGAGAUCAUGGCAGCCAUGUUUCCUGAUGGUAUACAUGCUGAUGGCAGUGUGUAUCCCAUAGUUCCUGGCGGUUAUGCUGUAGUCGGUGCUGCAGCGUUGUCUGGAGCAGUCACCCACACUGUAUCCACAGCGGUCAUAGUGUUUGAGCUGACUGGUCAGAUCUCCCACAUCCUGCCUGUGAUGAUUGCCGUGAUCCUGGCCAACGCUGUGGCUCAGUCACUCCAACCAUCGUUGUACGACUCCAUCAUCCGCAUCAAGAAACUUCCUUAUCUGCCCGAGCUGGGCAUGGGGCACCAUGAGAAGUAUAAUAUCCGUGUGGAGGACAUCAUGGUCAGGGAUGUACGCUACAUCACUCUUACCUCUUCCUAUCGGAACCUGCAGGAGAUGUUGGUGACCGCUCAGCUUAAAACACUCGCCCUGGUCGAAUCUAGAGACUCGAUGAUCCUCCUCGGCUCCAUAGAGCGACUGCAGCUCCAGUCUCUGCUCUCGCUUCAGCUGGGCCGCCAGCGGAGACUGGAGUACCUCCGCCAGCUGGCCCAGGACAACGGCACCCACGAUCAGCUGCCAAGCCUGACCACUGACAGCACUCCCAGUUCGCCCUGCACCCACACCCACGCUCACAUCAACGCCGCCACCAACACCAACGCUCGCCAAGGGGUCCGCUUCCUGAUCUCCACAGAGGAGUCUUCCUCCUUCAGCCCAGUGGUUUCCAAUGUUCAGCUUCCUCUGAAAUCUGCCUUGAAAACUGUGUCUGCCAUCAGCGACACAGAGACACCAAAUAGCUCUCAGACCCUCUCCUGUGCUGACCAAGACAAGGAGCUGCUGGAGAGCCCGGCUGGGCCGGCUCCUCCUGAAAAAAGAAAGCCCAAGCCCAAACGUGUGAGGAUCUCCAUGGCGGACUCCACUGAAGUAGAAGAUUGCAUGACCCCAACAGACAUCGCAGAGUGGGAGGAGCAGCAGCUAGAUGAACAGGUGGAUUUCAAGAACUGCAAGAUUGACCCCGCCCCCUUCCAGCUGGUGGAGCAAACAUCCCUGCACAAGACUCAUACCAUCUUCUCUCUGCUGGGUUUGGAUCACGCCUACGUGACCAGCAUGGGACGUCUGGUUGGAGUCGUCUCUCUCAAAGAGCUGCGUAAGGCCAUAGAGGGCUCAGUUACAGUGACUGGAGUGAAAGUGCGCCCUCCUUUGGCCAGUUUCCGUGACAGUGGGAACACAACAAGCGUAUCCGAGGUGACAGAACUCCACAAGCUGUGCAUCCGUCACAGGGGGCUCUCGUUGCCACGGGAACCCAACCGUCCUGACGUGGAGGACCAGCCAGAUAUCCCGUACAAAGAGAUGCCCGUCAACUUCUCGGACCAAUCAAAUUUGCAGUUUGAAACCAGCCCCGGCGACAUCACAGAUCAGUCGUCGGAGUUGGUGCUUCAGGAAAGCCCCUCGUUCACCGAGGACCAAUCUGAAUUUACUUUUGACUGCAGCCCCUCCCACACCGAGGAAUCAGAGCUGGGCUGUGACUAUGACCCCUCCAUACACACUCCUGAGCCGGAUGAAUUAGAGCAAGAACAGGAGAGUCCACCUCUGAACAAGGACCAAUCAGAACCUGAGGGCGAUGGUAGCCCAGGCCACACUGAGGAUCAACCAGAAUGAUCAGAGGGGAUCCAUACUGUCGCCUCAUGAAUGUUGACGUUUCUUACAUUUGUAGAGGUCAUUCUCAUCUCCUAAGUCCAGCCUAGAUACCUGUGUUUAUAUAACGUUGUUCUGGUGUGAGUGAGUGAAAGUGAGCAUGAGUAGAUGUGACAACUUAGUAUUGUGUUUCAAACUGUUUAGAUGCCUGUUGAAAGGAUGGAGCUGGAGUUAUUCUAUAUUUUUAUUGCUGUCAACAAAUUCCAUGAAAAUACCAAAAUCAACAGUGCGUUAAAGCUCCCGUAAUGUAGAAAGGGAGAUUUCAUUUUUUUAAAAUAUAAAGUAGGUCUAGGUGCUAUAUAAAUACUGUGAAAGUAUCAAAACGCUCAGUCCACAGAGAAAUGCACACAGCCCGUAUUCAGAAACUGUGCCUUUAAACAAGCCGUUUGGACUUCCGUAAGGUUGUGUUGUCACAACUAUACGCUCAGUGUUUGCCUUAGAGGGACGGCAAAAUAUGUUUAAUUAUGUUAUUUACCUAUUUAUGUGCACUUGUUUAAUUUCAGCUCAGUGUGAAAGUCUC